UAAAUUGUAAGAAAACGAUUGCGUAUAAAACUAACAGAAAUUUAUCAAAACAAAACUCUAAGCAAACAAUGAUCACUUCUUUAAGAUUUUGCAAAUUGCCUCUUAUUUUUACAGAUAUUGCAAAACCUCCCUAGAAAUUGACGCACAAACAAAAUGUGCAUCUGCUCCAAAAAAAAAGUGAAAGGAAAAAAAACUAUAGAACAAAGCUUGACGUCUUUUUCCUUGAUUUUGUGGUACAAAGGAAAAACGGAUCUCUCUCUUCUUCUUCUUCUUCUUCGUGUUCUUUGGUCGCUGUCGAGAAGUUUCAGUUCAAUAUCCGUCAGAUCUGCGGAAGAUUUCUCGGUUUUCUUAUAUAUAGACGACGAUACGUGGAGGCACUUAACGUAUUGUGCUUUGAAGCUGCAGUGUAGGACGAGAUCUGCAACUGGAGGGCAUUGAGCUCAGGAGUUUGUUCGCCUCUGGUUUUGUUCUUCGUUAACAAGGAAGAAUCCGAAGAAUUUUCUGGGUUUCUGUAGUUUUGACGGAUUCGAAUUGGAUUGGCUCUUCUGAAUGCGAGACGACGGAGAGGGUUCUGUUAAGUUAUUUAGCUCCCGUCUGUAGCCUCUACAACUAGGUCUCUGGUAUAACAAUUUGAGGUACAUGUAGCCAAGGAGAGAUGGUUUUCGGUAGGAUCACGGAACUUUUUACUGCUGCGUCGAGUCGAUUAGCAGCAGGGUCGCAGUCUUCUUCUGGUCCAUACAUGCCUACUGGGUCAUCGCCUGAUACAGGAGCUUCAGCGUCCAAUCCUUUCAAUUUCGGUAAUGCUGGACGAAAGAAUAGCUUGAUGAGACUUUCUGCAUCUCUACAAGAUUUCACUUCGUAUCACGGGGUUGAUCCUGAAGGGGCUGGUCUUACACGGGAAACUAACUCGGACAAUAAGCGGCAGAACAUAUCAUGGGGACAAAAUGCAUCUAGUUUCUCCAAGGAUAAAGGAUUGCCGAAUGGAUCCUCGUCUUGGCGCCGCAAGUGGAUCCGGGCUGCUAUGAUCUUUCUGUGCAUAUUUUUGUUUGCUUUUCUGGUGUAUAUAGUCUCCAUGUAUAUUUAUACAAAUUGGUCACGGGGAACGUCCAGGUUCUAUGUUGUUUUCGAUUGUGGAAGCACAGGGACUCGUGCAUAUGUCUAUCGGGCAUCCAUAAAUUACGAGAAAGACAGCACUCUCCCCAUUGUUAUGAAAUCGUUGACAGAAGGUCUUUCGAGAAAGAGCAGUGGCCGUGCUUAUGAUCGGAUGGAGACAGAACCUGGGUUUGAUAAGCUGGUCAACAACAUGUCCGGCUUGGAAGCUGCAAUAAAUCCGCUUAUUCAGUGGGCAGAGAAGCAAAUCCCUAAACGUGCUCAUAGAACCACGUCUCUCUUCGUAUAUGCUACAGCGGGAGUUCGGAGGCUGCCAAGUUCUGAUUCAAACUGGAUUCUGGAUAAUGUUUGGUCUAUACUGGCAAAGUCACCCUUCAUUUGCCGGAGGGAGUGGGUUAAGAUCAUCAGUGGUACAGAGGAAGCGUACUUUGGAUGGACUGCUCUCAACUACCAAACAAGUAUGCUGGGGGCUCUACCAAAGAAGGCGACCUUUGGUGCUCUUGACUUGGGUGGUUCAUCGUUGCAAGUUACCUUUGAGAAUGAGGACCAGACACAUAAUGGGACCAACCUUAAUCUCAAAAUUGGAGCUGUUAACCAUCAUCUCAGUGCAUAUUCUCUCGCGGGUUAUGGUCUAAACGAUGCCUUUGCGAGGUCCGUUUUGCAGCUUUUGAAGGGAUUACCGAAUAUCAGUAAUUCUGAUUUGGCUGGAGGCAAAUUGGAAAUGAAGCAUCCAUGCUUGAAUUCUGGCUACAAGGAGCAAUACACAUGUACUCAAUGUGCUUCCAUUGUCCGAGGAGGCAAAAAAGGCAAGUCAGGAAUCCCAAUCAAGCUUAUCGGUGCUCCAAACUGGGAAGAAUGCAGUGCAUUGGCAAAAAACGCUGUCAAUUACUCGGAAUGGUCGAACACAAAGCACGGAAUUGAUUGUGAUUUACAGCCUUGUGCGCUUCCCGAUGGCUAUCCUCGUCCCCAUGGUCAGUUCUAUGCUGUGUCCGGGUUCUUUGUGGUGUACCGGUUUUUUAAUUUAAGUGCAGAAGCUGCCCUUGACGACGUCCUGGAGAAGGGUAGGUUAUUUUGUGAGAAGCCAUGGGAAGUAGCGAGAACCAGUGUUCCUCCACAACCCUUUAUCGAACAAUAUUGCUUCAGAGCACCAUACAUAGUCUCGCUGCUUCGAGAGGGUUUGUAUAUCACAGACAAGCAAAUCAUUAUCGGGUCAGGAAGUAUUACUUGGACACUGGGGGUGGCUCUUCUCGAAGCAGGGAAGGCUCUGUCUCCUACAUUGGGACUGAGGAGUUACGAGACUCUGAGCAUGAAGAUAAACCCGAUAGUCCUUAUUUCCGGUUUGCUAAUCUCGUUGCUUUUGCUCAUUUGCGCGCUCUCACGUGUCAGCAACUGGAUGCCGAGAUUCUUCAGAAAGUCUCAUCUCCCACUUUUCAGACACAAUAGUGCAUCGGCUGCAUCAGUUCUCAAUAUCCCGUCCCCUUUCCGGUUCCAGCGCUGGAGCCCUAUCAGCUCAGGGGAGGGAAGAGUAAAGACACCGCUGAGUCCAACAGUGAGGGGAUCGCCGAACAGGGCAUUUGGGUUUGGGCAUGGGCUAGGAGGGAGCAGCAUCCAACUGAUGGAAUCGUCCUUGUACACAACGAGCAGCAGUGUGUUGCAUAGUUAUUCGUCUGAUAGCUUAGGGGAAAUGCAAUUUGACAGCGGUAGUUCUUUCUGGUCUCCUCGCAGGAGCCAGAUGCGUCUCCAGAGCCGUAGAUCUCAGUCUCGUGAAGAUCUCAAUUCAUCGCUGGCCGAUGCUCACAUUGUUAAGAUGUAGUUCCUUUCCUGGCUGGAAGCUGCCUUUUUGGUAUGGUAUCACCCCUUUCUUUCUUUUUUAUUGUCGAUACUUAGUAUCAUCAUGGAAAAAGAAAAAGACCUUGAGAUUUUCUGCGAACAGAUCUUUCUCUUGUUUUUGUUGACACGUGAUUCUUUCUAUACCAUGAUACAGCAGAGGCUUAGAUGAAAGUUAACCUUAUAGCCCCUCA